AUGAAGCUUCUUGCGGCUCUAGGAAGCUUGUCAGCUUCUCUGGAGCUUUCUGAAAAUUUUUACUUUGACAAAGGAAGCAAACGAGUUUUCCGAAAAGACAACAGUACUAGCUACCAGCUCGAUUACUUUAAAAAGUACCGAGAAAACAUUGAAAAUGCGAAAUUUUCCUGCGUAUCCGCGACGAUAGAUGAAAAGACCUUUCCCGGAGAGCCUUGGGAAGCAUCCAGUAAUGAUGGAGCCAAAUGCGUGUAUUUGAUCGACGAUGAAGGGACAAAAAGAGGCUGGUCAGAUGCUCAGGCAAUCUGCGAAGCGUCUGUCAUUGGCUGCCCAACUUGUCGGGGAAGCCUUCUUACAGUGCACACCCAAUUCGAAGACAACCGACUUUACGACAUGGUAGUUGCUUCUGGUGGGAAUUAUUUUCCGCCAUUUUGGCUUGGAGCGAGAAAAUUCUGCAACAACUGCCAGUUUGAAUGGUCGGAUCAUACGCCCUUUGAUUUUUCAAAUUGGACUCCUGGGGAGCCGAAUAACUGGGGCGAUGGAGAAGAUUGUGUUGAAGUCAGUAAUCAAUGGGGAGCAGCUAGCUACGAAGAUGGCUACUGGAACGACAACAACUGCAACAGUCUCUUCAAAUUCGUCUGCCAAGCAUAUCACCAUGAACCAAGUCCAGUUCCAAGCGGAGAUCAAUCCUGGCCCAGUACAGGAAACUGCAAAGCGGGCUGGAAGAAAUUCGGUCGGGCUUGCUUCAAAGUCCUUGGAGCUCAAAUCGACGACCCGGAUCAUCAAAUUCAGUCGACUUUUGAAGAGGCAAACACAAGAUGCGGGCAGGAAUCUGCUGGUGGUUGGGCUGGAGCGUCUCUGGCAAUUCUGCCGAAUGUUUAUUACAAUCACUUCGCCACUGCUCUUUCGAAAAAUCUCGGCGCUCAGCGAUCUCUUUGGAUCGGAGCUCUUUCUACGACCCAAGACAUGACUUUCCACUGGCUGGAUGAGAGCCGGCUGACUUUCACGAACUGGCUUCCCGGUGAGCCAAAUGGAGCGCCAAUUGGAGAGCUUGACCCUGAAGACUAUGUUGAGAUGUUCUGGGCGGGAGGCUACAAUGGCAUUGGAACUUACUAUCCAGGCCAAUGGAAUGAUCGAUCGGGGUCAAGAAAGCAGCCAUUUAUGUGUUCUCAUACUUUAAGCACUUCAGAGACACCUGAGGAGAAUUCUUGCCCAUCUGGGUGGAUAUCAAACAAAGAUGCAAGUGGUCGACCCGAAGGCUUUUGCUAUAAACUCGUCUCAAGUUCAACAACGGACACAAACUUCCAAGGCGCUCGGGACUACUGCCAGAGCAUCGACAAAAAUAUGCAGAUUGAUCUGGCCAGCGUCGAAGAUUUCUACGAAAACAGCCUUUUGACCUCCUUAUUUUACGAAGAAUUCGGUCUCAACGGGGAGAACCCGAUCAAUAAAGACUACGCUGCUUGGAUUGGCCUGACCAUGUCUUGGGCGGAAAGCAGCAGCGGAAGCAAGUAUUUGAAGACAAGAUGGACUGAUGGCUUUCCAACAGCGUAUACGGAAUGGGCCAAGGCUGAGCCGGAUAUGAACUCGAUCCGUCAUGAUCCAGAAUUCUCCUGUGCUUACAUCGAUAACAAGAAGGAAUGGCAUCUGAGUGACAAAUGCAAUGACAAGCUUCCGUUUAUUUGCAAAGCCAAUGUUGGCGGCAUCAAACCACCAGAUUGGUCAAAUGGCGAUCCUCGAGGAGAGCUUCUUGAUUGCGAAGUUCUCGGAGAAGAUUGGCAUAAUCUAAACGAUGACUGGAGCGAGCAUCAUUGCGUCAGAGCCUUCGCCGGAAAUGUCGGCUGGCACGAGGCAGAACACAGCUGCAAUGGCCACGGAGCUCAUUUGGUCUCGAUGCACAAUGAAGCUUACAACUCCCGCGUUCGUAGUUUUGCGUCAAACAAAGUUGGCGACAAUCAAAUCUGGACUGGCUUGACGAAAAAUGGAGCUCGAGGAUAUCAGUGGACUGAUGGCUCGGCAGUGACUUAUACGAACUGGCGAGGCAGUCCUAGUGAGAGUGUCGAUGAUGAGUGUACUGAGCUUUGGAGAGAUAACUACUGGCAGCUGGCGAAGUGUAAGGAGACAAGGCCUUAUGUUUGUAAACGAAGACGGCCACAGGAAUACUGUUGGGGCCAAACUGACUUGGAUAAGGAGCCUUGCGGAUAUGCUGGUAUCACGGAAAACUCCUGCGUCUUCGACUUCCAGUGCUGCUAUGAUCCUGCCGCUGCAAUCAGCUGCUUCAAGGAUUCGAAGAACAAGUCGAGCUCGGGAAUGUCCAUCGCCGGCGCCGUUGUUUUAGCCUCGUUUAUUUGGGCUUUAUGUGCUGCUGCCGUUGUUUUCCUCUUCAUGAAGAGAUAA